CUCUUCGCUCCUGCAUAAUCCCCAGAAAAAUUCACUGUACGAAGCUGCAUAAAAAAGAAGAAGGAAUGAGCAUAGUUUUGGAAGAGGCAAUAGAAGUAAUAUCACAGAGCAUAGGAAUUACGAAUUUAUCAGCUGAUGUCUUGCCUGCUCUCGCCGCCGAUGUCGAAUACCGUAUUCGCGAAAUUAUGCAGGAGGCUAUUAAAUGUAUGCGUCAUUCGAAAAGGACUACUUUAUCUACUGAUGAUGUGGAUUCUGCUCUCACGUUGAGAAAUGUGGAGCCAAUAUAUGGUUUUGCUUCGGGAGAUCCUUUACGUUUCAGGAGAGCUGCUGGGCAUAAGGAUUUGUUCUAUAUUGAAGAGAAGGAUGUAGAAUUUAAAGAUGUGAUCGAAGCGCCUCUGCCAAAAGCACCAUUAGAUACUGCUCUUUUUGCUCACUGGUUAGCUAUAGAAGGGGUACAGCCUGCUAUUCCUGAAAACCCUCCACUUGAAGCACUUGCUCAGCUGCCUGCUGAUAACCGAAAGGCCGAGUAUAAGGAGGAUGGAGUUCCCGUUGAUCUGAAAAUACCUGUUAAGCAUGUCUUAUCCCGUGAGCUUCAGCUUUAUUAUGACAAGAUUACAGAGCUUACCGUGAAUAAAUCUAACUCCCCUCUCUUUAAAGAAGCUCUAGCAAGCUUAGCAACAGAUCCUGGGCUCCAUCCUUUAGUUCCUUACUUCACAUAUUUUGUUGCUGAUGAGGUUGCACGGAAUUUGAAUAAUUUUGAUCUCCUUUUUGCUUUGAUGAGGCUGGUCUGGAGCCUUCUUCAGAAUUCUCAUUUACAUAUAGAACCAUAUCUGCAUCAGUCGAUGCCGUCUGUAAUGACAUGCCUUGUUGCAAGAAGGUUGGGAAAUAAAAUCUCUGACAACCACUGGGAACUUAGGGAUUUCACAGCUAAGUUGGUUGCUUUAAUAUGCAGGCGAUAUGGGUCUGUGUAUCACAGUCUCCAGCCACGUGUCACGAAGACUUUGCUGCAUGCUUAUCUUGAUCCAGCUAAGGCACUGCCUCAGCAUUAUGGAGCAAUUCAAGGGCUAGCAGCUCUUGGACCUGGUGUGGUUCGCCUACUUGUGCUGCCAAAUCUCGAGGCUUAUUUGCGAUUGUUGGAGCCUGAAAUGCAGCUUGAGAUACAAAAAAAUGAAAUGAAGAGACAUGAAGCUUGGCGUGUAUACGGGGCCUUGAUGCGCGCUGCGGGUUUAUGCAUGUAUGAGCAUUUCAAGAUGCUUCCUGCCUCUCUAUCUCCAGCAAAUCGGACAUUCCUGAAGAGUAAAUUGAAAGUCUUGACUACAUUGUCGAACAAACGCAAAGCGAGUACGGACGACAUGAUCUCAGAGCCGUCAACCAAGAAAUUAGUGACAGAUGGUCCUGCACCACUGCUAUCAGAUUCUUCGCCUGUAGGCAUACAAGGAGCUACUGAUGGACAAGCGACGACAGUGGGUGUUACAGAUGCAGACUUAUCGUCAGGGCCACAAGGUUUGCAAAAUGAGACUGUGAUCAAUGAGAGGAGAACCAGCAGAAGGGAGAUUAAUGGUGGGCAAAGCCAGAAAGCACCAGUUGCUCUUGGUCAGACCUGGAAGAAGGAUAUAGAUGCUGCAAAUUUGUUGCCGCCUCUGUUUGAUUAUUUUGGUGAAAGUAUGCUCUUCUUUGCACCUUCCCCUGAGUUGUCAUUCUUUUUGUAAUCCUCUUCUAUUGAGUGUAAUGGGAUGGUGAUUUGCAUAAAUGAAAGGCAACUGUGAUUUUUCACAUUUAUGGGCAGUAUAUUUCUUUUGUUUUAAUA